UCAUCAAGCUCAUUUGAGUCAAGAUAUUUGAAAAAGAAACUUUCACAGGUUGAUUUGCACAUGAACACAGACAGUAUGGCAUCAAUUUACGACCUGGCUGACAAACUUCGGAAUAUUAAAGACAUAACUUAAAAUACAUAUGGCAAGAAAAAAGAAAGGCUUGACAUCAAAACAGGGACAAUGGAGUAUGGCAGCCAUGGAAAAUGCAAUUUUGGCAGUGAGAGGAGGAAUGGCAAAAAGAAGGCAUCGGUUUUAUAUAAUGUUCCAAGGUCGACGCUUAGAGGGAGACUAAAUAUGAAAGACACUGCAGCACACCCAACAAAACCACCAAUCUUGAACAGAAACCAAGAAAAUAUUUUAGUCGGCUAUAUCUUGAAAAUGGAAGAACGGGGUUUGGGGCUGACAGUGAUUGACAUUAGGAAACUAGCAUACCAGAUAGCAAACAAACUUGGGAUACAUGGCUUCAGUGAAGAGAAGAAGUCCGCUGGAUAUGAUUGGUGGAUAAGCUAUUCUGAAAGACAUCCAAUUUUGUCGGUUAGGAAGCCAGAAGGAUUGAGUGCAGCGAGAUCAUCUAUUGUUGCUAAUUAUUUUGAAAAACUAGGAUCCGUUAUGGAAUCUUUAGGUGUUAAAGACAAACCACAACAACUAUUUAAUGCAGAUGAAUCGGGAAUUAGCACCGUACACAACCCAGAAAAGAUUGUCGGGAAUAGAGGGAAAAGAGGGAUAUAUGCAAAAACAAGCGGAGAAAGGGGUGAAAAUGUAACAGUACUCUGUUGUGUCAAUGCUGAGGCACGGGUUUUACCGCCUAUAAUAAUCUUUAAAGGGCAGCGGGUAAGUGAAGCUCUGAAAGUAAACGCACCACCUGGAUCAGAAUUUGGAUGUAGCAAAUCCUCAUUUAUAGACAGUGAUCUAUUUGACAAGUGGUUCAUUAACAUCUUCUUGAAAAAAUUGCCACCAGCCAGACCCGUUCUUUUGAUACUUGAUGGUCAUGCAUCACACCUGAAUUUUGAUACUUUAGAGAAAGCAAAACAGAACAAGAUUGAAAUGUUUUGUCUCCCCCCACAUACUACACACUGGCUACAGCCUUUAGACAGAUCUAUUUUCGGACCAAUGAAGACAAGUUACAACAAACAAUGUCAGAAAUUUAUGAGAGACAAUCAAGUAGACAAGUAACAAGGUAUGACUUUUGUGGACUAUUUAAUACCGCAUUUCAGUCUUCAAUGAAUAUGGUUAACAUUUUUAGCGGUUUUCGUUCUACUGGAAUUUAUCCCUUUAAUCAAAGAGUCAUACCAGCAGAAGCGUAUGGACCGUUUUUAACAUCUGUACUAGAUACCAAGUCACCACAAACGGAGGACAUACCAGAAAAUGAAAAUACAGACCGUAGUACACCUAUGGUUGAAAUGCCACAAUCUACCCCAAAUGAAAUUGCAGAAACACAGACAAACACCAUCGCUGUCGUCGCUGAUGUUCAUGCAGUACCCGAUCGUCCAACAUAUCCGAUGAUCGACGCUAUUAGAAACCAACCAGAAAUGACAGUAAAUACAGUUACGUAUACUAACUCUGAACGGGAGAAUUUUGAUGAAAUUUUAGUAAUUCCCGAAGUUAAGAAAAAUCAACCAAAGAAAAAAACUAAAAGAAUAACAACAGCAAGGCUGUUAACUGACAAGAUCUACCUCAUAGAAAUGAAAGAGAAAAUAAAAAUGAAGAAACAGAAAGAAACAGAAAAGGAAGAAAAAAGACGCAAUCGGGAUGAGAAGAGAAAAAAAAAACUAAUUAAUUUGCUAACAAAGCCAAAAAGUUCUGAACGAACAACGAAGAAGACAACUAUUGCAAAAAAAUCUUAAAAAGGCACCUCUUGAAAAAAAAGCAGUGAUGACAAAGAUAACGAAAAAGAUAAUAGCUUAUAUUGUGCAUUUUGUGACGGUUACUGUUUUGACGACAACAGUGAUGAUGAGGACUGGGUCAAAUGUACAAAAUGCCAAGACUGGUAUCACGAAUCCUGUACUGGAAAAUUUGGAAGUAAUUUGAGACAAUUCAAGUGUAGAAAGCCCUAAACCAAACUGUACCAACCGAGAGUAACAAUCGUUUUUCAUAAUAAAAAACCAUGGCUUUAUUUGAUUGAUUGCAGUUUAACAA